UCAGGUUUUUGUACUGAAAGGAUGUCUGGUCGCGGGAAAGGCGGCAAAGGGUUGGGAAAAGGAGGCGCCAAGCGCCACCGGAAGGUCUUACGGGACAACAUCCAGGGUAUUACGAAGCCCGCCAUCCGCCGGCUGGCCCGCCGAGGGGGUGUCAAGCGCAUUUCGGGACUCAUCUAUGAGGAGACCCGGGGAGUGCUUAAAGUAUUUCUGGAGAACGUGAUCCGCGAUGCAGUGACUUACACGGAGCACGCCAAGCGCAAGACAGUCACGGCAAUGGACGUGGUGUACGCGUUGAAACGCCAGGGCCGCACGUUGUAUGGCUUCGGUGGCUGAGCAGUCCCGGCGGUUAUCUCCACAUUUCUAAAGGCCCUUUUAAGGGCCCCCAGGACGUCAAGAAAAGAGCGAACACUUUGCAUUUACCGUGUGAAUGUGGAAUCUAGACGCAGAUCGGUGCAUUGGAUGAAAUGCACCAGCCCGGUGCCCUGAAAAUACCUGUCCCGGAGGGUAGCUGCGGGUUGCAGGCGGC